UCCCUCCAUUACACGCUGUAAUGAUAUCUCCCUAGUGAGGCUCUCUGAAACAGCAUACCCCUGUCUCUGAUAGCAGAGUUCCCUUGGUGAGUGCUCCAGAAGAGGCAAGCUCCAAAACAAGGCCAUCUAAGAAUUGGUACAACUAGCCAACGAAACCUGUUGGAGUUUUGUCAGUAAAUCACCUAGCCUUGUGUCUUUAAAUGGGAAAAGCCAUUUGAAAUAGAGCUGUGAAAUUGGUUGUAACUGAAAAUGUCUGACAGUCUGGAUAAUGAAGAGAAACCCCCAGCUCCCCCACUGAGGAUGAAUAGUAACAACCGGGAUUCUUCAGCACUCAACCACAGCUCCAAACCACUUCCCAUGGCCCCUGAAGAGAAGAAUAAGAAAGCCAGGCUUCGCUCUAUCUUCCCAGGAGGAGGGGAUAAAACCAAUAAGAAGAAGGAGAAAGAGCGCCCAGAGAUCUCUCUUCCUUCAGACUUUGAGCAUACGAUUCAUGUGGGGUUUGAUGCAGUCACCGGGGAAUUCACUGGAAUUCCCGAGCAAUGGGCACGAUUACUCCAAACUUCCAACAUAACAAAAUUGGAACAGAAGAAGAACCCCCAAGCUGUUCUAGAUGUUCUCAAAUUCUAUGAUUCCAAAGAAACAGUCAACAACCAGAAAUACAUGAGCUUUACAUCAGGAGAUAAAAGUGCACAUGGAUACAUAGCAGCCCAUCCUUCGAGUACAAAAACAGCAUCUGAGCCUCCAUUGGCCCCUCCUGUGUCUGAAGAAGAAGAUGAAGAGGAGGAAGAAGAAGAAGAUGACAAUGAGCCACCACCAGUUAUCGCACCAAGACCAGAGCAUACAAAAUCAAUCUACACUCGUUCUGUGGUUGAAUCCAUUGCUUCACCAGCAGCACCAAAUAAAGAGGUCACACCACCCUCUGCUGAAAAUGCCAAUUCCAGUACUUUGUAUAGGAACACAGAUCGGCAAAGAAAAAAAUCCAAGAUGACAGAUGAGGAGAUCUUAGAGAAGCUAAGAAGCAUUGUGAGUGUUGGGGACCCAAAGAAAAAAUACACAAGAUUUGAAAAAAUUGGUCAAGGGGCAUCAGGUACUGUUUAUACAGCACUAGACAUUGCAACAGGACAAGAAGUGGCCAUAAAGCAGAUGAACCUUCAACAGCAACCCAAGAAGGAAUUAAUUAUUAAUGAAAUUCUGGUCAUGAGGGAAAAUAAGAACCCUAAUAUUGUUAAUUAUUUAGAUAGCUACUUGGUGGGUGAUGAACUAUGGGUAGUCAUGGAAUACUUGGCUGGUGGCUCUCUGACUGAUGUGGUCACAGAGACCUGCAUGGAUGAAGGACAGAUAGCAGCUGUCUGCAGAGAGUGCCUGCAAGCUUUGGAUUUCUUGCACUCAAACCAGGUGAUCCAUAGAGAUAUAAAGAGUGACAAUAUUCUUCUCGGGAUGGAUGGCUCUGUUAAAUUGACUGACUUUGGGUUCUGUGCCCAGAUCACUCCUGAGCAAAGUAAACGAAGCACUAUGGUGGGAACCCCAUAUUGGAUGGCACCUGAGGUGGUGACUCGAAAAGCUUAUGGUCCGAAAGUUGAUAUCUGGUCUCUGGGAAUUAUGGCAAUUGAAAUGGUGGAAGGUGAACCCCCUUACCUUAAUGAAAAUCCACUCAGGGCAUUGUAUCUGAUAGCCACUAAUGGAACCCCAGAGCUCCAGAAUCCUGAGAGACUGUCGGCUGUAUUCCGUGACUUUUUAAAUCGCUGUCUUGAGAUGGAUGUCGAUAGGCGAGGAUCUGCCAAGGAGCUUUUGCAGCACCCAUUUUUAAAAUUAGCCAAGCCUCUCUCCAGCCUGACUCCUCUGAUUAUCGCUGCAAAGGAAGCGAUUAAGAACAGCAGCCGCUAAGACUGCAAGCCUUACACCUCACCAUCUCCCUCAUGAGUAAGACUGAAAUAAAACUCUGCUGCAGGAAAGAUGGAAGAAAAGACAGUCAAAUGGGGUGGGGGUUCUUUACCUUUCAAAUGAAUAGAAACUUCUUAUAAGCCUUUUUCCUACUCCCUCAGAUUAUGUAAUUUAUUUGUAAGCCUGAAUCGCAGCCCAAACAGGGCAGCAAUGUUGAAGUGACCAUAAAGUGGUCACUUCCACCGUGAAGCGAAAGAGCCAGUAGUGAAUCCCCUCAUUUUGUGCAGUCACUUUGAAGAAAAAGGUUUCUCAAAGAUGCACACUCCCUCUUCAUAGUGUUGUGUUUGUUUUUAAGUUAGAGAGUAGUCCCUCUUGCAUUCAAACCUCCUUCAAAACUCCUUACCCAAUGUGAUGUUUUUCACUUGCAUUGUCAUUAGAUGUCCAGAAAAAAAAAAAAAAAAAAAAGAUGUCAAAAUGUUUUUCUAAAAAAAAAGAAAGCAAAAAAAGCAAGGC